AUGGCGGCAAAGCGCACGCAAGUGGCCAUGGCUUCGGCGGCGCUGGCGCUGCUGCUGGCGGUGCUCGGGAGCUCUGUCGUGGCUUCGCCCGUGUGGAUGCCGCAGUUCCUCACCGGAGGUUCCGGACGAAAUAUUAGGCAUCUGCCAUGCGUGAGCCGGCGAACAGCCGAGCAAGGAGUUUGUAUGUUUGCUCUUUCUUGCAGUAGAGCAAAUGGAACUCAUCUCGGGACGUGCAUAGACAGGUUCUACUUCGGAAGCUGCUGCAAAAUGGAGGGCUCGUUGAACAACGAGGAGAACACCCUGGCGGCGUUUCCUCCGUCGGUGACCUUGGCGACGACGGCGCCGCCGCUCGACGCGCCGCUCUCCACGUUCCAGACCGUCAACGGCAACGGCAUCGACGAGACGCUGUCCACGGCCUCGUACACCACCGCGCCCACGCGUGCCCCCGCGCCUCCGCACUCCACGCAGUUUGCCUCGAGCGCCCACACUUCGGGGGCGUCUCCAACCCCCGGCUCGUCCACCACACCCUCCAAGCCGCCGCCCUCGCCGCCGCCCGUUCCCACGAAGCCGCUAACACUUGGUUAUACCAACUUCUUCAUCUCUGUUCAUUUUAAAGAGACCUACAACAGCGCUACUAAAUUUAUGAAAUCGUAA